AUGCUAUUCACCUCCAUCAUCUCCCUCGCUCUCACCCUCGGCGCCUCCGCCAUGCCCGCCCGCCGCGCCGACCCCGCAAACACCCGCUUCGUCCAACUGCGUCUUUACGGCGAACCCAGCUGCUCUGCCCAGAACCUCGGUGAGCUCGGCGUAUACGGCGACAGCGUCAACAAGUGCCAGACCUUCGGCACCGAUACCAUCCGAUCCGUCAGCUUUGAAUACAAAUAUGCCGACAACUGUACCCUCGCUGUCUACAAUGAUGUGACUUGUCACUUGAACCGUCACGAUGUCAACGUCGGGACUUGUUUGUCUGGCGAUAAGAGCUACGGCAGCUACAUUGUCGAGUGCCCCCUUGCAUAA